AUGGGUGCAUACGACAUGGUCAUUGGUGUCCUUUUGAUAGGAUUGUUUUGUAAGGACCAGACGCCCUCUCUUGGAGACUUCAUCACCUAUUACAACACAAAAUUUAACGACAGGCUGUGGAUUCGGUCUGUUGUGGGGUCGCUAUUCGUCCUCGAUACCGUGCACAGUGCAGUAGCGGUUUAUAUGGCUUGGGAGAUCUGUGUAACAAACUACGACAACCCGGACAGCCUAGCCUUCGUUUCGUGGACGAUCCCUUUCACUGCGGUGGCUACAGCUUUCGCAGCCUUCAUUACUCAGAUUUUCUUGUGUAAUCGUGUAUUGAUUCUCACGAAGAGCAAACCUAUUGUUGGGUUCAUCGGUAUCCUGAGCUUCCUCGGAUUUUUCUUUGGUAUCUAUGCCGGCAUCUACUCUGGAAUCAUCAGAGAGGUUGCAAAAUUCGCUCCUCUGGAGCCCUUCGUCACAUGCUGGCUGACUUUCCAAACUAGCGCCGAUCUCCUUAUCACUUUUGUUUUGUCAUUUGUGCUUUCACGCUCGCGCACUGGUUUCCGCAGGACCGACACUGUUAUCAACCGUAUCAUCCGUGGCGCUAUUCAAACGGGACUAUUCGCAUCGAUCUUCGCCCUCGCGGAUCUUUUCAGCUUCCUCCUGCAUCGUGAGACAUACCUUUAUGCCAUGUUCGCGUACCCCCUCGGUCGCAUCUACACGAACACGCUGUUGGACACCCUCAACGCUCGCACUUCGCUGAAGUCGAUCGCGGGAACAGAGGCGGAGACAGACACUUCUUUCCGUCUGCAAAACCAAACACACACGAUGGCUUCGCAUCAGAUUCACUCCAUCCAAGUUCAGAAGGAGGUUGUUACGGAUAUCAAUGACCCCACUUCCACCGUGGACAAGAAGUAUCCUGUCGAGGUUUAG